CGCAGACAGAAACAGCUGGUCAGCUUUUUUUUCGUGGGUGCCUUGUUUUAUUUUUGCAUUUGAAUUGGCACUAUAAGUUCUGCUUUACUUUAGGCUACUUUUCACUUGUCCAAACUCACUGUUUGAAUUAUUAUCUUUGCGUUACUGACUUUUUUCUCAAGACUCCCUGGAUUAAUGAAAUGGGGCGAUCUGAUUGGUUUAGCCUUGUAUGACGUUUCAUGUGCGCCGCCUCCUGCUUCUGCAAAAUGACACCGUGAUGUUUACUUCUCUGCUGCACACAGCUCACUUCAAGUUUAACCUCAGAUGAACUUAAAGACCCCGUAGUGCAUGGGAUCCAUCGUUUGGACUGUGAACAUGACCAAUCCUUUGAGGGGACAAGUAAUCCACUUGUACAAAACUCUUCUCUACAUGGGGCGGGAGUACCCUCAGGGAUACGUCUACUUCCGGACGCGUCUGAAGACCGCGUUCAUGAAGAACAAGGACGUGAGCGACCCGGAGAAGAUCAAGCAACUGCUCGCCCGCGGAGACUUUGUCAUCAAGGAGAUCGAGGCCCUCUAUUUCCUCAGGAAGUACCGAGCCAUGAAGAAGAGAUACUACGAAGACGAGAAAUAAACCACCACAUCUGGAUACUACGCAGACGAGAAAUAAACCACUGCAUCUUCUGGUCGAAUCUGUAUCUGGAUGCUACGAAAUAAACCACCACAUCUGGAUACUACGAACACGACAAAUAAACCACUGCAUCUUCUGGUCGAAUCUGAUUGGUUGCUGGGUUACUGUAUCCACUCAGUGAGUGCGUCUUAAUAUGCGACCUUGCCUCCUCCACUUGCGUUUGUCUCCUCGUCCCGCCUCCUGGCCCCUCCUCCGUGGAGAAAACGAUAAAGUUUCCCAGCUGUCAGCCUAGCCACAACAACUUUUGAGGGACUGUUUUUCAUUCACCAUGCCAAUUGCAAAUGAGAAAAAGAAACUCUACAAUUGAGCUUUUGCAAGAUAUUGAAAUAUAAUGCUGUUGUCAGUGAUGUCAUCAUGACGAGAAGCAAGUGGAGGAGGCAAGGUCGCAUAUUAAGAAGCACUCAGUGGUUUCCAGAUUGGGGGUUGGGACUCCUACGGGGCUCAUGGAUACUGCAGGGGGGUCGCAGACAGAAUGGACUUUUUAUUUAUUUAUUUUUUAAACAUGGGGAAACACAAGUGAAUAGUUUCCGUAACUCCAUAAAUUAGUCAGUAACAGUAGCCCUUACUCACCUACAAGGCCAGUACAUGUUUUAACUUUUCCUGUGAAUAUUAAAUGAGAUUUUUUUGCAAUAUUAACAGACAAAUAAUGUUUGGCAUUUGGAAUAUGGGGAAUGGGGGUCACGGAAGUAUUCGUAGGUGCAAAAGGGCAUCCUCCUGGCAGUAAUUUGGGAACCACUACUGUAUGUGUUGUCUUGGUCAGCACAGUCUGUCCACAGAAGGGAUCGUAUUAUACAUAGUUAGAAAUGCAUUGUUAAUUUAACAAUCAAAGAGUUGAUUUGGUAUAUUCUAGAGCAAAAGUGGGCAAACUCAGGCCCGCAGAAAGAAAGAAAACCAAAUUUAUACGGUCAGGCACUCAAUAUUCAAUGGCUACCUAAAAAAGGGGUCUUGCCAAUUUCAAAUUAACCAUGAACAGCAUAGCUGACAAGUUAUGAUAGCAAACACAUUUCUUUUUUUUUUGGACACAGGCAAGUUGCCUGUGACAUCUCGGCCAAUAUUCUAAACCCAUUUUGGCCCUUGGUCCAAAAUAAUUGCCCAUCCCUGUUCUAGAGGGUAUUUGGUCCCAGACUACUCUCUAAGUGUUGAAUUAACACUCUUUUUGUACUGUACAACACUUCUUUACCACUGAUAGAUAUUCUAUUAAGACUGCUGUGAGCAUGUCUCUGUGUAAUACGGUUACUGAUGCAGACGUUCAGUGUUAUGACAGUGUUAUGACAAAGGGAUGUUUGCACCUUACAGAAUAACUUGCAUUGUACAGCACCAAGUGCUUUAUUAUAUAUGUGAGCGUUUUGAAUAUGUCCCUGUGUAAAUUAUUUUAUUCAAGUAUGACUGUGAGUCAACAUUGUAUGGACGCUAAUGGAGGUGUUGUAACAUUAUUGACAAUAAAUGUUUCUUUUUAUACAUAUUCCUA